UCCAGCCACGAUAUACUGCCUUCAAAAUCCAGCUCUGGCUGCCUCCCUCGUUGCAUUCACAGUCAUGCUGCACCGCAAGGAUGGGUUCAGGUAUGGGGCGGAGGAGCUCGAAGAGACCCGGUGAGGAGAGAAUGUGGUUUCCCUAGAAACCAGAGGCUCCCAUGGUUUGGUGAUGCUAGCCCUCCAGCCUCAUCCUCCUGGCUAACGUGCAGCGGGUGACACAGAAAGCAAGGAUCCUCUCUCCUUUCUCCUUCUCUCUCACUUCUGUCGUCAGAGGGAUCUUCUCCUCUUUUUCUGACUCUCUGCUGGUCAGCUAACUUCAGAAAGCAUCUGGAAAGCCUCUCACCAUGGCUCAUGCAGCUUCUCAGCUGAAGAAGAACAGGGAUAUAGACAUCAACGCAGCUGAGGAUGACAAAGAGAGGAAGAGGAAGACUAGGAAGCGGUCUCGCGACCAAAAGAAAAAGUCUGACAGCAAUGCCAGCUACCUGAGAGCAGCCCGGGCUGGGAACUUGGAGAAGGCCCUAGACUACAUAAAGUCAGGGGUAGACAUCAAUAUCUGCAACCAAAAUGGGCUGAAUGCUCUUCACCUGGCGUCCAAAGAAGGCCACGUGGAAGUUGUUGCAGAGCUCCUGAAACUUGGAGCUAAUGUGGAUGCAGCAACAAAGAAAGGAAACACGGCACUUCAUAUAGCCUCCCUUGCUGGCCAGACAGAAGUGGUGAAGGAGCUAGUCACAAAUGGGGCCAACGUCAAUGCUCAGUCCCAGAAUGGCUUCACGCCGCUGUACAUGGCUGCCCAGGAGAAUCACCUGGAAGUGGUCCGAUUCCUCCUGGAAAAUGGUUCUAGUCAGAGCAUUGCCACAGAGGAUGGCUUCACCCCCCUGGCAGUGGCACUGCAGCAAGGGCAUGAUCAAGUGGUCUCCCUGCUGCUGGAGAAUGACACCAAGGGGAAGGUGCGGCUGCCAGCCCUUCACAUCGCUGCCCGCAAGGACGACACCAAGGCAGCCGCGCUACUCCUGCAGAAUGAUCACAACGCUGAUGUUGAAUCCAAGAUGAUGGUGAAUAGAACAACAGAGAGCGGCUUCACCCCACUGCACAUUGCGGCGCACUAUGGCAACAUCAAUGUGGCUACGCUCCUGCUGAACCGUGGCGCUGCAGUGGACUUCACGGCAAGAAAUGACAUCACCCCUCUGCAUGUGGCAUCCAAGAGAGGGAAUGGAAACAUGGUCAGAUUGCUGUUGGAUCGGGGGGCCAAAAUAGAUGCCAAAACCAAGGAUGGACUCACCCCUUUACACUGUGGAGCAAGAAGUGGUCAUGAGCAGGUGGUGGAAAUGCUCCUGGAUCGUGGAGCCCCCAUUCUAUCCAAAACAAAGAACGGCCUAUCUCCCCUACACAUGGCUACGCAAGGUGAUCACCUGAACUGCGUCCAGCUUUUGCUUCAGCAUGAUGUGCCGGUGGAUGAUGUAACCAAUGACUACCUGACAGCGUUACAUGUGGCGGCGCACUGUGGCCAUUACAAGGUGGCCAAGGUCAUUGUGGACAAGAAAGCAAACCCCAACGCUAAAGCUCUGAAUGGCUUUACACCCCUUCACAUUGCUUGCAAGAAAAACCGCAUUAAGGUCAUGGAGUUGUUGCUGAAACAUGGGGCUUCGAUUCAAGCCGUCACCGAGUCGGGGCUUACACCAAUUCAUGUGGCUGCAUUUAUGGGGCAUGAAAAUAUUGUGACCCAGUUGAUGCAUUAUGGUGCUUCAUCAAACACAACCAAUGUGAGAGGAGAGACUGCCCUGCACAUGGCUGCAAGGGCUGGACAGACAAAUGUGGUUAAAUAUCUUCUCCAGAAUGGGGCCAAGGUAGACAUAAAGGCCAAGGAUGACCAGACACCAUUGCACAUCUCUAGUCGCUUGGGUAAAGCUGACAUUGUCCAGCAGCUGCUGCAGCACGGAGCUUUGGCAAAUGCUUCCACCACCUCCGGGUACACUCCACUCCACCUGGCAGCCCGUGAGGGGCAUGAGGAUGUGGCGUCUGUGCUGCUGGAGCAUGACGCCUCACUAUCUGCUACCACCAAGAAAGGAUUCAGUCCCUUGCAUGUGGCAGCAAAGUAUGGAAAGAUUGAAGUGGCCAAUCUCCUCCUACAAAAGCGAGCCGCUCCAGAUGCUGCAGGAAAGAGCGGUCUAACUCCACUGCAUGUGGCUGCACACUACGAUAACCAGAAAGUGGCCCUACUUCUGCUGGACCAGGGUGCAUCACCACAUGCAGCUGCCAAGGCUGUAUGUACAAGACUAUUGAAAUGCUCCAGUGAAGAUGGUAACUUAUUUAUUGCAUGUGAUCCCAAUGAAAAGAAAUUAAAGAACGGCUACACCCCCCUGCAUAUUGCUGCCAAGAAGAAUCAGAUGGAUAUUGGCACUGCACUGCUGGAGUAUGGGGCAGACACCAGCGUAGUCACACGCCAGGGCAUAAGCCCCGUGCACCUGGCUGCGCAGGAGGGUAACGUGGACAUGGUCUCCCUGCUGUUGGCCAGGAAUGCCAACGUCAACCUGGGCAACAAGAGUGGUCUGACACCUCUCCACCUUGCUGCUCAAGAAGAUAAAGUGAAUGUGGCUGAAGUUCUUGUCAAUCAUGGGGCAGCCAUUGACCCUGUAACAAAGAUGGGUUACACUCCGCUGCAUGUGGCCUGUCACUAUGGAAACAUUAAGAUGGUAAACUUCCUCUUACAGAGUCAAGCUAAUGUCAAUGGCAAAACAAAGAAUGGAUACACACCGCUCCACCAGGCUGCCCAGCAGGGCCACACCCAUAUCAUUAACAUCCUGUUACAACAUGGAGCCUCACCCAAUGAGAUGACUGUGAAUGGAAACACAGCCCUGUCCAUUGCCAGGAGACUGGGGUACAUCUCUGUUGUGGACACGCUGAAGAUGGUGACAGAUGAAACAAUGACCACCAUGACCGUAACAGAAAAACAUAAGAUGAAUGUGCCAGAAACCAUGAAUGAGUUCCUAGACAUGUCAGAUGAUGAAGUUCGUAAAGCCAGUGUACCUGAAAUUCUCAACGAAGACUAUAUUUCAGAUGUUGAAGAAGGUGAGGACGCUAUGACCGGCGACACCGACAAAUACCUGCGGCCUCAGGACCUCAAGGAGCUCGGGGACGACUCGCUGCCUCAGGAGGGCUACAUGGGCUUCAGUAUCGGGGCCCGAUCUGCCAGCCCUAGGAUCAGUUCGGAUAGGUCCAACACCCUGAACAGGAGCUCCUUUGCUCGGGACAGCAUGGUCAUUGAGGAGAUUUUGGCCCCCACCAAGGAGCAGCUCCAGGGUGUCUGUAAAGAUGUUUCCUUCAUUGUUGAUCCUCAUAAUAAGCACCUGGCAGUGACCCGGGACUAUGACUCAGACACCAUGAGACGCUACAGCUGGGCUGCAGACACCCUCGACAAUGUCAACCUGGUCUCCAGCCCAAUCCACUCAGGCUUCCUGGUGAGCUUCAUGGUGGAUGCGCGCGGGGGUUCCAUGCGGGGCAGCCGCCACAACGGCAUGCGCAUCAUCAUCCCUCCACGUAAAUGUACGGCACCUACUCGAAUCACUUGUCGCCUGGUAAAGAGGUACAGGCUGACCUGCCCACCUCCCAUGGUUGAAGGAGAGGGCUUGGCUAGCCGGCUUGUGGAGGUUGGCCCAGCAGGGGCUCAGUUCCUUGGGCCUGUGAUUGUGGAGAUUCCUCACUUUGGUUCACUGAGAGGGAAGGAGAGGGAGCUGAUCAUCCUCAGGAGCGAGAGUGGGGAGACGUGGAAGGAGCACCAGUAUGAUUACAAGGCUGAGGAGCUUAGCAACCUCCUCAGUGGGAUGGAUGAAGAACUUGACAGCGAGGAGGAGCUGGAAAAGAAACGUAUCUGCCGGAUCAUCACCAAGGAUUUCCCUCAGUACUUUGCAGUCGUAUCCCGAAUCAAGCAGGAAAGCAACCACAUAGGUCCAGAAGGAGGAGUUCUGACCAGCGUGACCGUACCAAUGGUUCAGGCAUCCUUUCCACAGGGAGCACUGACCAAAAGGAUUCGAGUUGGCUUGCAGGCCCAGCCCAUCCCAGAUGAAAUGGUGAAGAACAUUUUGGGGAGCAGGGCCACUUUCAGUCCCAUCGUAACCGUGGAACCCAGGAGGAGAAAAUUCCACAAGCCCAUUACCAUGACCAUCCCAGUGCCACCUCCCACAGAGCAGGGGAGCAGCAAUGGAUACAGGGGAGAUAACACCCCUUGCCUCCGACUUCUAUGCAGCAUAACAGGUGGGACCUCCCCAGCCCAGUGGGAAGACAUUACAGGCACAACCCCUCUGUCUUUUGUCACUGAUUCAGUCUCCUUUACCACCAACGUGUCAGCUAGGUUCUGGCUUGCCAAUUGUCAUCAGAUCCCAGAAACAGUCAGCUUGGCUUCCCAGCUUUACAAAGAACUGAUCUGUGUGCCAUACAUGGCCAAGUUUGUGGUGUUUGCUAAAAUGAACGAUCUUGUGGAAUCCCGACUGCGAUGCUUCUGCAUGACUGACGACAAAGUUGACAAGACCUUGGAGCAACAGGAGAACUUUGAGGAAGUAGCUAGGAGCAAAGACAUUGAGGUUUUGGAAGGGAAGCCCAUCUUUGUUGACUGCUAUGGCAAUUUGUCUCCUCUAACAAAAACUGCGCAACAGCUUGUUUUUAAUUUUUAUGCCUUCAAAGAAAACAGGCUUCCAUUCUGUGUAAAGGUCAGGGAAGUUAGCCAAGAACCUUGUGGUCGAUUGUCAUUUCUAAAGGAAGCUAAGACAACUAAAGGUCUUCCACAGACUGCCAUUUGCAAUUUAAAUAUCACACUGCCUCAACACAAAAAGGAAAUGGAGUCAGAUCCAGAUGAUGAGACUGAAAAACCAGAGCGACGUCAUACCUUUGCAUCUCUAGCCUUACGUAAGCGCUACAGCUAUCUGACCGAUCCUGCAACGAAAACAGUUGAACGAAGUGCUGCAAGAACACUGCCCACUGGUUACGCUUACAAACCUGUCUUUUCAACAAGAUCUUACCAGGCAUGGUCGGCUGCUCCUAUUACCGCCACUGGGCAAGCAAAAUCUGGAUUUGGUUCCCUCUCCAGCUCGUCGUCCAACACACCAUCUGCCUCACCAUUAAAGUCAGUAUGGUCAAUUACUUCCGCUUCACCAAUCAAGUCCACGCUAGGAGCUUCAAAUGCAUCUUCGGUCAAGUCAGUUAACGACAUAGCAUCUCCCAUCAGGUCAUACAGAACAAUUUCAUCGCCAAUAAAGACAGUAGUUCAGCAUGCUCAGUAUCCUGUGCCAGUUUCUACUGUCUUGAUGUCCUCCCCAGUUAAAACUGGUUCAGACCCAGUGUUUGUCAAAGGACUUGCAUCAUCACUUUCCUCAAGAAAUUCCACUGUUACAACUGCAGGGUCCCUGCUGGAGAGAUCUUCAAUCACCAUGACUCCACCUGCUUCUCCAAAGUCUGCUCUCAACAUGUACAGUUCAAGUUUGCCAUAUAAAUCUGUCUUAGCCCCUGUGGCAUCAGUGACAUCUUCCCCUAUUAAAACUGCAUCUGGGCUAUCCACUGUGAAAUCUUCCACAGAUGUUGCUGGGGCAUCCAGAGGACUACUAGUAUCAUCUCUUUCUUCAGCUGCCAAAUCUUCAGCUUCUCCAUCAGCUGCUGCUCUCAUCAAUGGAUCAGUUUCACCUAUUAAAUAUCCUUACUCUUCCUCAAACUUUCUGUCCUCAGGAAGUACUAACAGUUUACAAGAAAGGAUACAAGCAACUACUAAUGCCGUAACAACAAGCAUCAAUGCAGCCAUUGAGGAAGCCGAAAAGACCUUUAAUUCUUGCUCUGCAUCAGGCUAUGGCACACUGAAAUCUAUAUCCUCCUCAGCAUCCUCGUCAUAUCAGUCAAUUAGAUCUCCUGCCUCCAAUUCCAUUUAUACCUCGUUAAGGUCUCCAAGUUCAUCCACCACCUCUGUUACAUCUGGUACAAUAACUGUACCAGUGUAUUCUGUUAUAAAUGUUUCACCAGAGCCAAAACUUGCUGAAGUGUCUAGAUCGGCAGCUGCACUGCUGUCCCCUCUAAAGACCAUGUCUGCAGAGGUACACCCUCAAUCUCAGUCUUCCUUCUCAAGAACAUUGUCACCAAUUAAGACUCUGUUAAAUUGCCCCACUGGUCUAAAAACUAGCAGUUCACCUACAUUAACAUCUAGCCAGGAAAUACUGAAAGAUGUUGCAGAAAUGAAAGAAGACUUAAUAAGGAUGUCUGCUAUUUUACAGACUGACUCUAAUUCAAUGACCAAGAAUUAUCUCUCAGAUACUCCAAAGGAAAUCAGAAUUGAAGAUGACGAACCAUAUAGGCUUGUUGAGAAAGUGAAAGAGGAUCUAGUAAAAGUCAGUGAAAUACUAACAAAGGAUGUGCUGAGUGAAAGCAAAGCUUCACUUAAAAAUAAGACAUCUGAUGAUGACUGGGUGGAGUUUACAAAGGACGAGAUAGAGGAAGCUCAGAAGAAUGGCUGGAGAUAUCCUGCAAGUUACAAUGGAGAAUCCUUUUGUAUACGUGAGAAAUCUAUAUCUGAUAGAGAUUUCAAUUUAGCGAAGGUGGUUGAUUAUUUGACAAAUGACAUUGGUGGGAGUUCUUUUUCUAAGAUGUCAGAUGUAAAGCAGAGGUAUGAUGAAGUGAAAAAGGAAGGGGAGGAAAAACAGAAACGUAUUCUAAAACCUGCCAUGACAUUACAAGAGCACAAGCUCAAAAUGCCACCCUCAAACAUGCGCUCUUCUGCUUCUGAAAAGGAAUUGUGUAAACUUGCUGAUGUUCUAUUUGGGCCUGAUGCAGUACCAGAAUCUCCUGAUGAUAUAUCCCAUGACCAUGACAAGAGUCCGCUCUCAGAUAGUGGUUUUGAAACAAGAAGUGAACGAACCCCCUCAGCUCCUCAGAGUGCGGAAGGGACUGGGCCUAAGCCCCUCUUUCAAGAUGUUCCCAUUCCUCCUGUCAUCACAGAGACCCGGACUGAGGUUGUUCAUGUUAUAAGAAGUUAUGAGCCCACUGAUGAAACCCACACACCUGUUAUGGAGGAAGGUAAAGUACUGAAUUCAUCUUCCUGUAUUGAUGCUGAAACAAAAGCUAAUGGAUACAUCAAAGACAAAGUGAAGUCCUUUCAAAUGAAAGUCAAUUCAGACGAAGACUCUGUUUUGAGCAAAGGUAUGCGUGUUAAAGAGGAAACCCACAUUACAACUACUACCCGAAUGGUUUAUCAUAAGCCUCCUAGUAAUGACACUACUUCUGAGAGGAUUGAGGAAACAAUGUCUGUUCGUGACAUAAUGAAAGCAUUCCAGUCUGGUCGAGAUCCUUCUCGAGAGCUGGCUGGUUUAUUUGAACAUAAGGCUGGUAAUUAUGAAGUUAAUGAAACAUAUCCGGGGAUUCACGAAAAAGAUAACUUAAAACCCAAAGUUGAAAGAAUAAUUGAGGUUCACAUUGAGAAGGGUAAUAAAGCAGAGCCAGCUGAGGUUACCUUACGUGAGACAAACCAGCACUCAGACAAAGAAAUGUACAUGUACAAAGGGGAUCACAAAAUAAAAGAACUGCCAGACAAAAUGGAAACUGAUUUUGAAGGGCAACAAGAGGAGGAGGAGCUUACUGCUGAAGAAUCACUUCCCUCAUGUAUAGAGUCUCCCCGUGUGAAUACCCCUGUCUCUCAGGAAGAAGACAGUCGUCCAAGUUCUGCACAGCUUGUUACAGAUGACUCAUAUAAAACGUUGAAUCUACUGAGCCAGCAUUCUGUUGAAUAUCAUGACGAUGAAUCAUCAGAACUGAGAGGAGAGUCAUACAGAUUUGCUGAGAAAAUGCUUCUUUCUGAAAAGUUAAACGUAUCUCACUCUGACACUGAGGAAUCUACUUCUGAUACCCAUCAAAACCAAAACUCUGGACUGCAAGGCUUGGAAAAUUAUGGUGAAAUAAUGUCAGGGUAUUCUGGGCAAGAUUUUUUUUUUAAGUUACAAAAUGAGUCUUCCAACAAAUUGGGUAAAUUUGCCAACACAGAUAAGAACUUUGACAAACUAACAGUAUUGCAUUACACUGCACAACCAGGUAGCUCAAAACAUGAUUUGCAGCCACAUUGCACUGGGGGGAAACUUAACAAAACUGAGGAGGAAAUGAUUUAUGAAGACAGGGUAGACCGAACCGUAAAGGAAGCAGAGGAGAAAUUGAAUGAGGUAUCUCAGUUUUUUCGUGAUAAAACUGAGAAAUUAAAUGAUGAGCUCCACUCCCCCGAGAAAAAGCCUUGUAAGAGAGAACCCAGAGAAACCCGAUCUGGACCUAAUUCUACCUGUAGCAGUCCAGAAAAAACACAAUCAAAGACAGGAAUGAAUAAUGAUGAAUGGCGUAAGGGAAGGCUAAAGGAGACAUCCAUGGGGAAACUGGUUGACAGCUCAAAUGAAAGAAAAUGUACCAGUUUGCCAAGCAGCCCUGAAAGGUGCAUUUUGUACCGGUACAAUGACGACAAAACAAAACAAGGAAUUGACCUUCAAGACAGCCAGGGUGGUGACAGCACCAAACCAUUCCAACCGCAGUCAUCUAUAGUAAGCUCAGUAAGAUUAAAAUUUGAAUCAGAGUUACAAAAGAAAGAUAUACAUCCUCAGUGGGGACAGACUAAAAUCUCCUUGAAACAGCUGCAGGAUAGUAAGCUUUUUGGUGAAGCAAAGUCUUCCAAAUCAGUAGAUACCACUGAAAGUGGAAUUUCUGGGGAAGAUAAUGGGGACCAGGCAACAAGUGGAAAGAGUGGUGAUUUUCUUAAACUGCUACAUUCCUCUAGCCCAAAAGAGUUAACUGGAAAGUACAAUAUCAUUGCAGACAAUAAUUAUUCUCAACAUUUGCAGGAAGCAUGUCAUGAGGAAAAAGAUGAAAACAAAAAAAAACACACUAGGUCUUGGGAGGGUCUAGGAAAAAGUGUUAAGCCUGAAAGUGAUGAACUGACCUAUACUGUUUUUCAUGACACUUUGAAACAGAAACACAAAGCUGUUAAUCAGGAUAUGAUGCCUUGCCAAGGAGGAUCACAGCAAGAUAUUAAAAGGGGUUCAGUAUCUGGAAAUGUUCCUUCUAGUCUUGCAACAACAACCAUCACUUGCUCAAGACAUGUGUUCCCUGAAGAUUCUAGUAGCACUGAAAAUUCAAGAAAGGCUGUUAAAAAAAACAUGGAAUGUCUAAUUCCAGUUAGCAUGCAGUCUGAUUUCGCAGACGCUCUUCAACCUGAAAAUCCAAGCAUUUUUGUUAACCACUCAGGACAGAGUGAGUUAUCUAGAAACAGAUGUCAAAGUAACUCUGCAAUAAGUCUAUCUAGAGAUGAGUCACCCAAAAAAUGUCCAGAAUCUUUAGAACAUUGCCUAACAAAAUGCACAUCUUCUAACAAAGGCAGUGACAGCAGCUUCAUAGAGUACACUGAAAAUGUAACACCAAAAAUGAAAUUAGAAGAUUUCCAAGAAAUCAGAACUUUGCCAGUUUAUGUCAGUAUUCAAGUGGGUAAACAAUAUGAGAAAGAAACAGCUAUUGGGCAACAGGGAACAUACAAAAAGGUAGUUAGCCAAGAAAGUCGUACAGUACAUGAGACUCGGGGAGCAUUUUACACCGUCAAACAAAAACAACCACCAUCUCCGCAAGGCAGUCCUGAAGAUGACACCCUAGAGCAAGUAACUUUUAUGGAUAGUUCUGGAAAAAGUCCCCUGACUCCAGAGACACCUAGUUCUGAGGAAGUAAGUUAUGACCUAACUUCUAGAACACCAGAUUCUGUUAUUGCUUUCAUGUCAGGAAAAGCAAGUCCAAUCCCUGAAGUUUCUGAGGAAUCAGAAGGAGAGGACCAAGGUAAAUCUUCUACCCACAAAGAAUCAACAUUCACAAGUCAUGAGAUAGUAAAAGAAAAAAGAAUUGCUUACAUUGAGUUUCCUCCACCUCCUCCGUUUGACCCAGAACAAUCAGAUCCUGAUAAAAAAGGUUCCUGUGCCUCUUCAGAAGCUGAUACUGAGAUGAUGGAAGUCAAUCUUCAGGAGGAGCAUGACAAACACCUUCUCGCUGAACCUAUAAUCAGAGUACAGCCACCCAGUCCUUUUCCCACAGGAUCUGAUGGUAGUGACUCAAGUGAAGAUGAAUCUGUAUUUCAACCGAUUCCUGUUAAGAAGUACAUAUUUAAAGUUUCAGAGGGGGAAGAGAAGAGGGACUCCAAACCUAAAAAACCAGAAAGGAAUGGACAUCCCAAAGGAGCAGUCAAUAAUGCUGAUGUAAAAGGAGAAGAUUUUGAGUAUGAGCAGAAUGGGAAUGACCAGUCAAUUACAGAUUGCUCAAUUGCUACUACUGCAGAGUUUUCACAUGACACAGAUGCCACGGAAAUAGAUUCUCUUGACGGAUAUGACCUUCAGGAUGAGGAUGAUGGCUUAAGCGAGCAAGACCCAAAAUCAUCAAGCCUGUCCAAAGAAAGCAAAAGAAACAGGUGGUCAACAGAGAAUUCCCUAAAGCCAAGUGAUCGCUCCUUUACACAGACAAAGCUUGAGGUCAUUGAAGAAGAGAAAGUUGCAAAUGAUGAAGUAGAAAAAACACAACAGAAUGGUGAAACUGAUAAAAAAUCUGAAGAUAGGAAAGAUGGAGAAACUAACUACUCUUUGGAAGGGAGACACCCUGACAGACAAGGAUUUUCAAAUAGCUACUUUAGCUACCAACUAGAGGAGGAGUUUAACACACCUUUCAAAACUGUUGCUACCAAAGGUUUGGAUUUUGAUCCCUGGUCCAGCAAAGGAGGUGAUGAUGGAGUUUUUGAUUCUAAAAUAAAAGAUGAAGAACCUAAACCUUUUGGUUUAGCGGUGGAGGACAGGUCACAAGCAACUACACCAGAUACAACUCCUGCUAGGACACCAACUGAUGAAAGCACUCCAACUAGCGAGCCUAACCCUUUCCCCUUCCAUGAAGGGAAGAUGUUUGAGAUGACUCGCAGUGGUGCGAUUGACAUGAGCAAGCGGGAUUUUGUUGAAGAAAGACUUCAGUUUUUUCAGAUUGGUGAGCAUUCCUCUGAAGGGAAGUCAGGGGACAGAGGGAAAAGGGUCAAGAGUCCAAGUGUAGUUAUCUCACAGUCACUAACAGGGGAGAAAGUAGUAGGUAUAAAGGUAGAAGCUCUCACAGACACUAAAGCAGACAAGUGCAGUCUCAUUGAGAUAAGCACUGAAUGUUUGGACAUGGCAUCUGGUGAGAAUUUGGUGGAGACGUCUUCGUGUACAGUCAUGGCCUCUAAAAUUGAUUCCAAAUUACGCACUCCCAUUAAAAUGGGAAUAACAGCAUCAAUUACUGUAAAAAAGGAUGCUGGGGAACUGACAGAUUAUAAACCUGAGUUAUCAGACAAACAAUUUGCAGAGCACUCAAGCCUAGCUUCACAUGCAGAAAGUCAACCUGGUAAAUACACAAAUUCAAAACCACCUAAUAAAAGAGAUUUUCCUGCUGAGAACUGUAAUAACAACAAUAACCUUGAGUCAUCCCACAUUCAAGCCAAUUACAUUCAAUGUGGAAGUGUAGUAUUUAACUUACAGUCAUCGUCAGAACCCACACUUCAGCAAGCUAGUAGGAUAGAGGCAUUGUUCUGUUGUGAGACAGAAAAAGUAAAGGAAAACAUUGUACACUGUGAGCAAAGAAGGAAUAAUGAGACAAAGGAAACUCCAGUCAAGCAGCCAAAGUCAAGACUCCCAGUUAAAGCAUCUAGUUUUUCAUCCCACAUACAGAGUACACCAGCUGGAAAGCAGAAGUCUAAACAUGUAGUCAGACAUGAAGAAAAAAGCAGAACCACAAGGAAACAUGUAGACCCUUUUGCAGCUGCUGAGUCCAAAUCUAGAAUUCCAGUUAAAGAAGUUAAAAAGAGGCAUGUAAAUAAUUCCAUAUCAGUGCAGAUUGUGUCCAGAUCACUAAAACCUGAGGUAGAAAAACCACGGCAGGUACGCUCCAGAUUGCCUGUUAAAGACAGAUCUACCUUUGACAAAAACUCAGUUUCAAACUCAGGCAGAGAUCACUUGAGUGAGGUCUAUAAACGCUCCAUUGAGUACUUUAAAGGCAUUAGUGGAGAGACUUUAAAAAUUGUGGACCGCCUUUCUGAUGAAGAGAAAAAGAUGCAGUCAGAAAUAUCCGAUGAAGACAGCACGUCAAGAAGCACCUCAUUGUCAGAAGCCUCUCAGCCAUCUUUUACAUCGAGGUCUACUAGAGAUGUGAAAACUGAGGCAGCACCCGUAAGAACAAAGGCUGGAAAGGUCGGCAGUGAGAGAAGGAGAAGUAGGCGGACUGGAGAUGAAGGCAGUCAGGUUGCUGGGCCCCAUGGGUGCCCCAUCGUGGAGAUCAAGCCUAGUCCACAAAGUCCCUGUGAGAGGACUGACUUACGGAUGGCUAUAGUGGCAGACCAUUUGGGACUGAGCUGGACAGAGCUGGCAAGGGAAAUGAAUUUCUCUGUUGAUGAAAUAAAUCAUAUUCGAGUGGAAAACCCCAACUCCCUGACAGCUCAGAGUUUCAUGCUUUUGAAGAAAUGGGUCAGCAGAGAGGGCAAAAGUGCCACAACGGAUGCCUUAACUUCUGUGCUGACUAAGGUCAAUCGAAUGGAUAUUGUGACCUUGCUAGAGGGGCCAAUAUUUGACUAUGGUAACAUUUCAGGCACAAGAAGCUUUGCAGAUGAUAAUGAGGUUUUCCUGGACCAGGCUGAUGGUUACCACAGCAUCCAAAUGGAACUGAAAUCUUCCAUGGAGCUCAACUAUGAGCAGUCUGUCCCGCUCUGGAAAGAGGAUCUCUUUAGCGAGGAGCCUAGCAUAGACCCUCCUGGUAGUGACCAGCAUAGACCCAGCUUAUUGCUCCAGCAACCUUGCAGCUCCAUUGUAGACACAUGGCCCCCUACUGCCAUGGCUGAAGAAAUUUCUCCCGAUGGCCCUGGGGCUGCAGGUGGAGAGGAGAGCUCCAGAGGAGAAGAAGAAGCUGACCCUAGGCACAGAUCCAUAAGCCCCUCAGAGCUGCGAGACUUUGCCACAGUAAUAAAAGAGCAGGGCCUUUUAUUUGAUCAAUGGCAGCUGGAAGAUGACCCACUGACAGAGGAACCUCUGGUGGGCAGUGAGGACCCUUCCCUGAAAGCCUGGGCCCUUGUGCUGGGAGAGGGCAGUGAGUCUGGUUCUGCAGAGGAAGAUAAGGACGUGCCCCCAAAUAAAUUAAUGUCUCGUUUGGAAGAUGCUGAGGCAGGCUCAGAUGGUUGGCACAGUGAAGCAAGUGCAAAUGUGGAGCCUCCCACCUCUGGACCCAGUGUGAGCUCUGAACUGACAGAUCGACAAGAUACCAGCCAGGAGAAUUCCAGCAACUCAAAUACCUCAUCAUCCAAGGGACAAACAGGGAAGCUGAAACAAAAUGGGGAGCGUGUAGAUUCAGUGAAUAGAACGACGGCCCAUGAUGGUCUCCAUGGCGAAUCCUGUGAUCCCAAGUACAAAGUCAAGCUGGAAGAGGGAUCUAAAAUUAAGAAGAGAGAAGGCAGAUCUGGUGACAAGAAGAUUUACUCAUAGCGGUCUCUGUGCACUGUAAGGUGUUUCAAGGUUCUCAUAAUAAGUUCCUGGGUAGAUGUGACAAGAAACUUGAGGAAAUUGGCCAGUGAAUGGCUUGGGCAGCUUCUACAAUAAAGCAUGGUUACCCAAGCAUGAGCAUGGACAUUCAGUUACUGUGAAUGACCUGGAGCAUUUUAGUAAGUGACAACGAUGUGCCAUGGUGCUGACAAAGGCUCUGUGAAUGGAGGAGCACCGAAAAACAGAGAGGACCACCCAAAGACAGGGGCAACCAAGCAGAUGUUUCCCGUGACCAAAGAUGGCAGGAAUGCUCAUUAGAGUGCAGAAAAGGGAAAUAUGAGCAGAAAAAUAAGAAUCACCCUCUUCACUCGCCUUACAUUUCUUCUUGGACCCACAACGUCAGGGUGUAAAAUGUUGUUUUGUUGCUUUUAAACAAAAUUAAUGAUUUUGUUGGAUGUAAAUGAAAUUGUAUAAAUUCUAAAAUAAUUAGCUGACAGAUUUCGGCACACACUUGCAGGUGCAUUGAAAUUUAAAGACAUUAUGAAAAUGGUUCCACUUAAAAAAAAAAAAAUUAAAAAUUAAAGUUUGCAUUUUACUUCACGUGUUCUUGUAUAAUUGUAAUAGUAAGUAAAAUGUUUGUAAAUGGAAAAAAGCUAGGCUGAUUUUCACAGGAAAUUUCUUUCAAAUCUGCUGCAACUUUUGGACAUUCUCAAAAUGGGAAUAUUUGUUGUGUGAAAAGAAAAAAAAACUCAGAGAGCUAAUAUUUUGAUGCAUGCAAAUCCCCUUAUUUUAGUUACAAAUUUUCUAAGUUUGCAAACUCUGUAGUAAAGAAUAACAACAAAGAUAACCCUGUGUAUACACACGUGGCCAUAACAUUUGUCAGAACUGACGGUUUUUAGAAGAAAUAACACUUAAAACAUCCAUUGUGGAUAAAUGGAAGUGUAUGGACACUAUCUUCUUCAGCCUCAAGCAGUCUUUUGGAUGUGCUACUGUUUUUAGUAUUUUUCCUGAAGGGCAAAAUCUGCAAAUAAAUGCUUUGGAGUCAAGAUGGACAGGUUAUCAGUAUAUAUCUGUAGACUGACAUGCUGUAAUAUUAUAAUUGUAUUGUCUGUUGGCUAUAAGCUGUAGAAGUCUCUGUAAGCCAGUCAUUUGUAAUCAUUUUAGCAGUGUAUUAGUUUUUAAGGCUGCUGUGAUUGAAAAACGGCAUUUCAUUCUUUUUUGUGUGAUUUUCUUAAAUAUAGCCUAUCCAUUCAAGAACACUCAAGGCAAUCAUUGUUUGUAGCGGCAAUAACGUGUACAACACAAUGAGAAACACUGGAGGAAAUAAGUUAUUUAAGCAUACAAUAAAUAGUGUUUAAAUUCAGAAAAUUGUGUGGUCUUCUAGAAAUGAGAAUAUGUAUAUGCAGUAUCUAACACUGUUUUGAUAGCUUAUGACAAGUUACAUCACAAAAAAUGUUGUCCAUUAGGUAUUUUUCUUCAGCAAUGUAUGUCAAGGGAAAACCCUUUGGAACAUAUCCCUUUUGUUUCUUAAAUAAUUAGAAAGCUCUUACACUGUUAAGUUUGAGGGUAUUUUCUGGAGUGAAUGAAAGGUAAUGUAGCCAUCAAUGUUAUUCUACAGAAUGUGAAGAAUGGAUGUUUUUUGUAAGAUGAAUCAGUUUGAGGGUUUCCUUAAUGUAAAUUAUUCAAGCCAAUGUACAAUGCAUCAUUCUACAUUGUCAAGUCAUUUAAAUGAAACAUACAGCAACUGGAAUGCUGAAGACAACUGUGCAAUUUGUACAUUUGGUCUGGGGCGAAGACAUAAAUUAAGUAAUAAGUUACUUUUGCAAACCUGUUUUCUUUCAUUUCCUUUGCUUUAAGUCUGUUUUUAUUUUUCUUUGAAACAUCUGCCUUGGAAUGGGAAUUUAUGGAUUGCAUUGGAUACUGAGCAGAUUCUUAAGAUAUCAUUAUUAUGAUUGUUACAAUAAUUUUAGUCAAGGAGUAUGAAGCUUAAUGUUAAUGCUAAGCUGUUGUUUUUUUACGCUUUAUAGUAUAGCUCACAAGUAAGAAUUAUACUUUCAAAUAAUAUAGUGGUGCUGUGAAAUAAGUAGCACACUGUGCUUUUGAACUUCAUCCUCAGUAUUCAAUGUAAUUACUUUUAUUUUUAUAUUUGUUAUAAAUUCCAUGACAGCAUAAGUUAUGUUAAUCAUCCAUCAAAUGUAUUGUAAACCACAGUUUUUGAAUAAAA